CGCGCGCAUCCCGCUCAACGUACCGCGUUCCAAAAAUAUCAACAGUCGGCCCGGCCGCGUUCCCAUGCCAUGUUCCCCGCGUGAACUCCUUAUUACGAAUUGCAAUUUUUACAAAAGUAAUUAUCGCUUAUCAAUAUAGUGCUGGAACAAAUUAUCGAUAUCGCAUGUGCAGUGCAAUUUUGAGUGCCUCACGUCACACCGAUGCUGCGAUGUCACCAACCGCCAUCGGCGGCGACUUGCCCCAAUGGUGUGGCAAGACAGAGGGGUGCCCUCAAGCUCUGCUAGGCUGGCUCUACCUGACCCACGAUCAGAACGAUCAGUGGGUACCAGGAUCAGUAUGGGGUCCACUCCCGACCGCCGCGACGGGCUCCACGCACCAAGCAGACGAUACCAGCUCGCUGGCGGAACAGUUGUCAGCGCUCUCCCUACGACGUCCCCCGCGACCUCCGCCCCCGGCCUACAUGUGCCACUUGUGCUUCAAGAAAGGACACUACAUUGGAGAUUGUCCACAGGCCCGACCGAAAGGCGAAGGUUUGACACCAUACCAAGGAAAGAAACGUUGCUUCGGCGAGUACAAGUGUCCGAAGUGCAAACGCAAGUGGAUGAGCGGUAACUCUUGGGCCAAUAACGGUCAAGAGUGCAUCAAGUGUCGGAUCAACGUGUUUCCCCAUAAACAGAGACCCUUGGAAAAACCCGACGGCCUGGAUGUAAGCGAUCAGUCUAAGAUCCACCCCCAGCAUCUCUGCCAGAAAUGUCGUUCAUUGGGUUAUUACUGCCGCCGUGAAUAUUAACCUUCAUUAUGUUUUUAACGAUAUUUUUUCACAUAAAUAUAAUGGGAUAGAUAUGAUGAUCAGGACGAUGACAUUUUGUUUCGACGUACUAAAAAUCCAGACUGAUUUUUAGUACGCCGAAUGAAUGAAUGAAUGAAGAAUGUCUUUCAUUCUAGCCCGCAUUGUAUUCAUUCUCGCAAAAACUGGGUCGGUAAUCUUCAGUUUAGUGGACAAUCAUAUAUUUUGUACACUUUUCGGCUUCCAACGUGGAAUUAAGUUAUACAUACAUAUAUUUAUGAAAAAAGUUGUCCGUUUUAAACUCAUGCUUAAUCGGCUUCGGCCUGUUUGUACGGUUACAUUUCCAGUUAACAGCCAAGAUAUAUCUACAGGCUAAAACACACGUAGUGAACCAAAACAAAACAAUUCCAUCUCUAAAAAAAAUACUCUUGAUGAGUGAACUCAGCUUUAUAUUUUAACACCAGUUCGAACGGUUAGUUGCCUCUAUAGCCUUACACAAGUAACUGUGCUCGGUACACACAACUCAUAUUGAAUAACACAAAGUAUAAAUUGUGCUCUUGUUGUCGAUAUAUCAUUUGCGGAACUGUUACACUCUUGAAGCACACAGUACAUUCGAACCGUACAGUACAGUAACAGCCUGUUAAUGUCCCACUGCUGGGCUAAGGCCUCCUCUCCCUUUUUGAGGAAAAGAUUUAGCUUCAAAAUUCAGUGGUGCUUGCCCGCGUUCACGCGUUCUAACCACUAAGCCAUCUCGGUUUUUUUUUUCGAACACAUUCAGACAAUGUUACCGAAAUAUGUAUAGGAUAUAAAAACACAUAUAUAAUAAUAAUUUAAUUAUCAUAGAAAGACGAAGCGAAACUUUUUAUUUCAGCGGCUUACGCUGAUGCAUGAAACUGACAAAAUCAAUAAACAGAUAUAUUUUUUUAAUCAUUAUGUUACCAUAGACGAAUGCACCAAAUAUAAUCCCAAAAUAUG